UUACGUCACUACCGGAAAGAUUCGUGACGCCAGGAAGAGAGCAGCGGUGUGUGAGGCUCCCGCUGAAUGAAAUUGAACGGUCAACUCAGUUCAUUCAUUCAACUUUAUGAGGAAAUUUGACAGUGUGUGCCAAGCAUUACAUGUUAGUUUGUGCUACCAGGUGUGCGCGUGCAUGUUUGUUAUUGUUGCUGGAAAUAUUUUGCUUAGGGUGCGCGUGCAUACCUUGACUUCAGCUGCAGUCGUGUGUAUGUGUGUGUGAAGAGCACCGAAGAGUCAUGUCGGUGUCGGUUAUCAUUAAGUGGGGAGGUCAGGAAUACUUCAUCAGUUCUCUGUCUGAGGAAGACACGGUGUUGGACCUGAAACAGUCCAUCAAGACCUUGACUGGGGUCCUGCCAGAGAGACAGAAACUCCUGGGACUCAAGGUCAAAGGUAAACCAGCAGAGGAUGAGAUGAAGCUGGGCUCGUUGAAGUUGAAGCCUAAUACCAAGAUCAUGAUGAUGGGUACCAGAGAGGAGAGUCUGGAAGACGUUUUAGCCCCUCCACCAGAGAAUGAUGAUGUUGUCAAUGAUUUUGACAUUGAGGAGGAGGUCAUUGAAGUGGAGAACAGAGAGGAGAACCUGGCAAAAAUAGCUAGAAGAGUCAAAGAGUACAAGGUAGAGGAACUAAACCCUCCUAGAGAAGGCAAGAGGCUCCUGGUUCUGGAUGUGGACUACACACUGUUUGAUCACAAGUCAUGUGCAGAAACAGGUCAGGAGCUGAUGAGACCCUACCUUCACGAGUUCCUGACAUCAGCCUAUGAGGACUACGAUAUUGUAAUUUGGUCUGCUACAAGUAUGAAAUGGAUUGAUGCAAAAAUGAAGGAGCUGGGAGUGACAGACAACCCUAAUUACAAGAUUACGUUCAUGCUGGACAGUGGGGCCAUGAUUACGGUACACACCCCAAAGAGAGGAGUUGUGGAGGUGAAGCCCUUAGGUGUGAUAUGGGGGAAGUACGGAGAAUUUUAUAACAGGAAGAACACCAUUAUGUUUGACGACAUUGGAAGAAACUUUCUUAUGAACCCACAGAAUGGACUUAAGAUCCGACCCUUCAUGAAGGCCCACCUCAACAGGGAGCGGGACAGAGAGCUGUAUAAACUGUCUCAAUACCUCAAAGAAAUCGCCAAGCUUGACGACUUCAGUGGACUCAACCACAAACACUGGGAGAGGUACCUAUCUAAGAGGCAGCACCACUGAGGAGGGACUAUAUUAUCAGCGCAAAGACUUGGAGUGGAUGCAACCAAUGCAUCAUCCGCUUGUCAAACACAAGAACAAACAUAAAGUCCUUCAUACCAAACCUCACUAAAAGUCCAACACUAACCCUACAAUUACACACAAGGUCAAAACCUCAGGACUGAGACGGGCUUCCCAGUUUAUAUAUCUGCAUGUUCUCUGCCUUCUCUUAGUCUGGAACAUUUGUUUGUUCAAAUAUUGUUUACAGUUACUAUCAGUGUGCAAGGUGCAUUGUGGGGAAAAAAAAUCCUGUUUGAGACCACACUGAUUUAAUGUCACAGACUCCAGCUCACCUGUUUACUCAUGGUGGUCAACAAGGGUUUAAUAUAGAUAACUGAGGUCCACUAUUUCCUGAAAGUAGUCGAGAUCUUUUACGCCUGCUUGGUAUUUUAGAUGGGUGAAUAGUAGCAGAUGUGUUAAGUUGAUUACCAGUAAAAAAUACUCUAUCAAGCCUCUCUGCUGUACCAAGUGAGUAGGAGAAGAUACAAAUCUAAUUUCAUUAUGGUUAAGGUCAGUAGCCUGCCUUCAAAGAGACUGACCGCAAAAAGCUAAAGAGCGAAAAGAAACAAAUAAGCAAAAUGAAGUUACAUAACCAUUGAAAGUGUUUUCAGUAUGCGAGGAUAUCCUGGUAAUUUAACGUGUUUUUUUAUGUAGUAUUUGGAUUGUCUGUUUGAUUUGUAAUAAAUGAAGUGAAAAGUUG